AGGUUCAAUUCACACAAAAAAAAAAAAACAGUUUUUCUUAGUGGGUAUCAUGCAAAAUCAUUGCAGUAUUAAAUAGUUUGGUGUAUCUAAUUAAAAAGUUUUCUUCUUCAUGAUUGAAAAACAGGAAACUGAUGCAGAGGAAGAGCUCAAAGAGGCUUUCAAAGUGUUUGAUAAAGACCAGAAUGGUUACAUUUCCGCCAGUGAGCUGAGGCACGUGAUGAUCAAUUUAGGGGAGAAGCUAACCGAUGAAGAAGUGGAACAGAUGAUUAGAGAGGCUGACUUGGAUGGUGAUGGUCAAGUCAACUAUGAUGAAUUUGUCAAGAUGAUGACCAAUAUUGCUUAAAAGCCUUAAAUGGAAAAAAAUAGGAACCUCUAGCUUGAUUUAUUUGCAUGCAAAAUUGCAAUUCAAUUCAUUAUUAAUUUCAUUAGCUUGUAUUCAAUUAUUUUUUUUUUUUUUAAAAAAGUACUUCUAGCCUCUUUAUGUGUUGUUUAAUCUAGUAGCUAGCAUAGGAUGAAGAAUAUAGGACAUCAUUGGAUGAAUUUGGUGUACUGUAAUCUAAUUUAUGUAUUGUAUUCUUUCAUUUGUGGUUCAAUGUUUUGAUACUCCCUCAAUAUCAGGAAGAUGAUCUAAAUUCUGAAGGACAGGGUUGAAAGGAUAAUAAGGGU